AUGGACAGGGAAAAGAGCACAAAGAGAAAAGCAUCCUAUCAUGACGAAGAUCACAAAAGGAAAAAGAAACACCACAAAGACGAACGGAGUUCAAAGUCGUCGAAAAAGGACAAACACAAGGCAGUCACAGUCGUUGAUGACGAUGAAGACGGCGACGAAAUGUGGGUGGAGAGAAACAUUGAUGUCGAUGGACAACACCCAGUAACGACGACCAUCCCCACCGGUGCAAGCUUGGAUAUUGUAUCUACGGCUAUGGAAUCUCCAAAUGACCCCAAGCUUCCCCAUCCAGCGACGACUGAGUCGAAAUUGCAGAGGGAAGAAUGGAUGAUGAUGGAAACGUCUGAUCCUGUACUGCCCACUCAAACACCGCCUUUACACUCUGCUGCUCGUGGAGAUUCUCUGACAGAGGGAUAUGGAGAUAGCGAAUCCAGUAACCGCACGCCAAGCGGUCAUGUCGACUUUUUCAGCAACCUCGGCACGGAACACAAGCGAAAGGAACCCAAGAACAGAUUAAAUCCCGAGACUGCGCCAAAAGUCAGUUCCCGGGAGCUCAAUCCCGAGCUUCGUGGCGAAACAUUAGAGACUAGUAACCCCAAAAAGAUUGUACCCGGGGGUGCUGGCUCUCAAUGGCGCAUGAUGAGACUCCGGAGGGUGUACGAGCAAGCCGAAGAAGAAGGAAAGUCCGUCGAGGAGGUGGCCCUUGAACGGUUUGGAACAAUGGAAGCAUUCAACGAGAUUCUAGAGGAGCGAAGGAUACUAGACGAACGCGCAGAACGGAAGAGCGGCGCGAAAGGUGCACCAGGUCUAUCAAGAGGCUCUGGCGAGACUCGUUAUGCGUUUUACGACUCGAGCGGUCCACCCAGUCGUGGCUCGUUCAGGAAACCAGGAGAGUCUUCCACAACUUUACCAGAGAAAGCACCCGCAACAAAACGACUAGAUAGCCUUCGCACAGGGUCUCGACCACCAACUCCUGGACAAGGUACAAAUCGGACCAACCAAUCUACUCCCAACAGUUUCACACCCAUCCCAAGUGCACUCACGCCCCAAUUACCUUCUACACCUCCGUGGACCUCAACAAGCUCCAGGCAAAGGUCCUUCGCAGAGUUGGAGCAGGAAUAUGAAGAGGCAAAAAAGCGGGCGGAAGGCUUCUUCUCGUCUGAAGGCAAGAAGCUCGAGGUCCUACCUACGAUGGACGGGCAAGGUCGCUUGUACGACGUCGGAACAGGAAAGGCGGAUGAGGCACCCAAGACGCUCCCCGGAAAUAGACGAAAGAAGGAAAAGCCAUUUGAAACUCGUGAUCCAAAGACGGGGGAGUUGUUACGGUACAAUGAAGACGACGACACGACGACUCUUGGUGAAAUGCUUCGGCAGGAAAAGUUUGGUGCCGGUAUGGCCGACCAAAAGGACUUGGACAACCAGUUUGCAAAGGCAAUCAUGUCGGAUGGAAAGUUCCAGGAUGACCUCGAGUACCUCGACGAGAAUGCGGAGAGACUUGGCAGAAAGAAGAUGAGGAGUGAUGCGAUGAGGCGGCAGUUUGCGAUUAACGACUAUGCCAAGACACAAAAGGUCCUGGCUAACUGCGUGCAUUGCUACGGGGAAGACGACUCGCCACCGAAAGCUGCAGUGAUUGCGAUGGGAACUCGGUGCUAUCUAGCGUGCACUACGAACCAAGAGUUGGUUCCUGGGCAUUGCCAUAUCGUCCCUAUUCAACAUCACCUCUCGACGCUGGAAGGUGACGACGACUUGUGGGACGAGAUUAAGAACUUUAUGAAAUGCCUGAUUCGCAUGUUUGACGCCGAAGACAAGGGCGCCGUCUUCUACGAAACGGUCAUCAGCCUCCGUUGGCAGAAGCACACGUACAUCGAGUGUGUGCCAGUAUCUUAUAAUCACUUUGAGCAGCUACCUGGAUACUUUAGAGAAUCCAUUCUCAUGUCCGAGACCGAAUGGUCGCAGCACAAGAAGCUCAUCGACUUUUCCGCUCGUCCCGGUGGAUUUCGAAGAGCCAUGGUUCCCAACCUUCCCUAUUUCAUGGUCCAGUUCGACUACAAGGGGGAGAAGGGAUAUGGCCAUGUUAUCGAAGGCGUCGGCGAUGCAGCUGGAGGGGGUGAUGCAGAUGGUGCGGUUGACGAGGGUGAGAAAGGCGGUGGCGAAUUCCCGAAGUGGUUUGCUGCUGAGAUUAUUGGAAACAUUCUCGACCUCGAGCCGAGACUUUGGCGAAAGCCGAGAUGGAUCGACCGUGGUCAGAACCAGUCACGGAUAGCUGCGUUCAGGAAAAAGUUUGAUGCAUACGACUGGACAAAGAUGCUUCGAGGCGGUCAAUAA